CUUCUUGCUCUCCUUGAAUCUUCCAAAACCAAUGUCCAGCACCUUGGAGGAGUGCAGCUUAUUCGCCGUGGACUGCGUCGUGGUAUGUUGCUGCUGCCCUUGCUUGCUCCUCCAAAUCACAGCGUCCCUCUUCAUCAGAUUACCACAGAGAAUGGCAGUGAAGUCGAAGAAAACUGUGCUGCGAAAGCUUAGAAAGAGAUCGAAGAAAUAUGAAUAUGUGAUUGGAGAGAGAGACAAGUUUGAGAGAGGAGAGGUGUUAGGAGUUCAAGGAGUGCAUGAUCUUAUUAUUGAACGGAAGAGUUGGGCUGGUGAUAGGAGGUGUUUCUUGGAAGCUGAUAAGAUGUGGGAGGAGUUUGUUAAGGAAGAAGGGCUAUUUUGGUUUGGCAGCUUUUGGGGCACAGGAAGUUGA